AUGGAUAAUAACUUGAAUCAAAUAUUUGCAUCAGAAUAUUUUGAUACAAUUUUCAGAUUUCUUCCGGAUAAUGAAGAUUUGCAUUCUUGUCUCUUAGUUAAUAAAAAUUGGGCCACUUGUGCUGUUCCAAUUUUAUGGGAAGCACCCUUCAGAUUUUAUGACGAGGAUAUUCCAUUUACUUAUGACGAGGAUAUUCAAUUUCAUAAAGUGAUCCAAACUUAUCUUGCAUUUAUACCAGAUAGUACUUUUCGCAAAUUGGGAUAUAAUAGAAGAAUUGGGUUGUCAAAUAGUAGACCUCUUUUUUUUAACUAUCCAUCAUUUAUUAAAGAACUCUCAUAUGAUCAUUUACUUAAUGCAGCUAUUGCAUACAAUUGCAGUGAAGAUAUUAUAAUUGAGUUAUUCAAAUUAUUUGCUAUAAAUAAUGUAAGAUUACGCCGAUUAGAAAUCUACAGUUGUCUUAAUAAUUAUAAUGAAAACCUAAAUAAGAUAGGAUAUUUGGUUCCUCAGUUUUAUGAAUGCACUUCUGUAUUUAGUAGGUUGACAUAUUUUAAUUGUAGCUAUCGAUGUCCAAUGCAAAAAACACAACUUUUUAAUGCAAUAGCGAACCAUUAUCGUAAUAUUAAAACCCUUAAAGUCAGUAUUUAUGAUGAAAAUGAAGGAAUGGCUUUAGGAGGUCUUAUCCGUUCUCAAAGGAAUUUAAGAAAGUUCGCUCUGAUAAACAGUAAUCAUUUUGCAUCAUUUCCUAUCCAAGCUCUUAUGAAUCAAAAACAUUCACUUGACAGUUUAGCACUUGAAGAUAUGCAUGGCAACCGUUACUUAAGCAAGACGAAAUUUUUUAAUUAUACUAUUUGCCAAUUAAAUAGCAGUGCUAUUGAUGUAUUGGCUCAGUGUAAAAACGUCAACAAAGUGAAGUUUAAACAUUGUGAAGGACUCAAUUCUUCUGUAUUUCUUCCUCUUGCUAUUGCUUUUUCGAACUUAACAUCCUUAGAAUAUACUUAUGGUAAUUACGACUUUUAUGAUAGUGCAACCCCUAUUAGAUUAUUAUCUGGUCUCAUUAUGACAAGUUGCAAUACACUUAAAAGAAUUGUACUUGAUUGGUAUUCAGAAGCUAACCUUGAUAUUACACAGCUUGUCGGAAUUAUUGCACAGCAAGUGACAAAUCUCGAGUAUUUAAAAAUUCCACUCUAUACAUUAGAACAGCUUGCAUUAAUUCACCAAACCCAUAAUCAAUUAAAGAAACUUGAAAUUAAUAUGAAAAGAGGAACAAAUCCAUAUUAUGCUCUUUCCCUCUUAACAAAUGUCCAUUCAAAAGCCUUAAGCACUCAAGUCAUUUGUAUUUCGAUAAUCGUAGAUAUUAUUUUAAAAAACAAUAUAGUUUACUAA